ACUCCACAAAUUGAAAAUGACACAUCUCAAUUUUGUCAAAAACAAUCAAAGAAAGACUUAAGGCCAGAGCCUUGUUAUCUACUGACACAAUACCCUUUAAGCCUAAAGCUAGUCCACAAAAUCAAGCACAAGCAUUAUCCCUAGCAAAAAUUCAAUAAUCCAUUUCAAUUCAACCCUUUUUUCAGUGGUUCUGAUUCUGCCAUUGCAUUCAUCAUCUGCCACAUAAUUAAAUUUUUUGCUACAGACAAAAAUAACACUCAAUCUUUUGUUGUCACACAUGUGUAUGUAUGUGUAUAACAUAACAUUGUGAAUUUCUCACUGAGUGUUUCUUCUAUCAAUCUAAGGUUGUCAUAACAACACACUGUUUGGUUCCCCAAUAGCUUCAAACCAAUUCUGCAGUAAUAUCUGCAAGAAGACUUCUGCUUCACUAUGCCACCAAAACCUUUAGACUAUGAGUCGAUAAAUGAAAAUGUGAAGAAAGCUCAGUAUGCUGUCAGAGGUGAAUUAUACCUUCGUGCUACCGAGCUUCAAAAGGAGGGAAAAAAGAUUAUAUUCACCAAUGUUGGAAACCCACAUGCUUUGGGACAAAAACCACUGACCUUCCCUCGCCAGGUUGUUGCUUUGUGCCAGGCUCCAUUCCUACUUGAUGAUCCUAAUGUUGGACUGUUAUUCCCUGCUGAUGCAAUUGCAAGAGCUAAACAGUAUCUGUCAAUCACAUCGGGUGGUUUAGGUGCUUAUAGUGACUCCCGAGGCAUUCCAGGAGUGAGGAAGGAAGUGGCAGAGUUCAUACAGAGGCGUGAUGGUUAUCCAAGGUAUAUAUCCUCUCCAUACUCAUUAUUUUUUCUUACUUUGCAUUGCGUAAACCUCUUCAAAAGGGUCUUAAGUUUAGUUUCCAAUUUGUUAGACAAAGUGAUUAAUUACUUCAUCCUCUAUUUUAGUGAUCCAGAGUUGAUAUAUCUUACUGACGGUGCGAGUAAGGCUGUGAUGCAGACUUUAAAUACUAUCAUCAAAGGCGAAGGAGAUGGGAUUAUGGUUCCAGUCCCACAAUACCCGCUCUACUCUGCAACAAUUGCUCUUCUUGGUGGUACUCUUGUUCCAUACUACCUUGAAGAGACAGCAAAUUGGGGUCUUGAUACCAAUGAACUUCGAAAGUCGAUUACAGAGGGUCGCCGUAAAGGAUUAAAUGUUAAAGCAAUGGUGAUCAUAAAUCCUGGAAACCCUACUGGUCAAUGUCUUAGUGCUGAGAAUUUAAGAGAGGUUUUGCAAUUUUGUUAUGACGAAAAUUUAGUCUUGCUUGGAGAUGAGGUUUACCAGACAAAUAUAUAUCAGGACGAACGACCCUUCAUUAGUUCCAAAAAGGUUUUGAUGGAUAUAGGGCCACCUCUAAGCAAGGAAGUCCAGCUUGUUUCAUUUCAUUCAGUGUCAAAAGGGUUUUUGGGUGAAUGUGGACAGCGAGGUGGAUAUUUUGAAAUGACCAACAUUCCUCCCGAGACAGUUGAUGAGAUCUAUAAAGUUGCCUCAAUAUCACUUAGUCCAAAUGUUCCAGCACAAAUAUUUAUGGGACUAAUGGUCAAUCCACCCAAACCUGGAGAUAUUUCUUAUGACCAAUUUUUUAGGGAGAGCAAAGGAAUACUUGAAUCACUAAGAAGAAGAGCAAGGAUAAUGACUGAUGGGUUCAACAGCUGCAGGAAUGUUGUUUGUAAUUUCACAGAAGGUGCCAUGUAUUCAUUCCCUCAAGUUCGAUUGCCGCCAAAAGCACUAGAGGCUGCUAAACAGGCCGGAAAGGUUGCAGAUGUUUUCUACUGUCUCAAGCUUUUGGAAGCCACUGGCAUAUCUACUGUUCCUGGUUCAGGAUUUGGACAGAAAGACGGGGUCUUUCAUUUGAGGACAACUAUAUUACCAGCUGAGGAAGAAAUGCCUGCUAUUAUGGAUAGUUUCAAAAAGUUCAAUGAUGAGUUCAUGGAGCAAUAUGAAGACCAUAGAGGUUAUUCAAGGUUGUAAUGAAAUCAUCCAUACUCAUGUAUUCAAUCCAUCAUCAAUAUCCCUUCAAAAAGACAUACCCUCCUUCUUAAACCUUAGAUUUCCUUCCUUCUAUAUAUAACUGACAAUCUUUCAUGUAUAUUUAAUCUCUCUUUGCACCUUUUAUCAUAUGUUGUGCCACCACCAUGGCAAACAAUCAUCUUGAAUAUAAUAAUUAUCUCUAUUAUCCUAUCCUUUGUCAAAAGAAUAAAUGGAUUAUCUCUA